AGACCUCAUUGAUUUUACUAGAAUAAUUUCACAACACACAAACAAACCAGGACUGGUGCUGCUGUCGGGAGAGGAAGGAUGUCUGCAAAUGAGAGCUGUAGGUGUCAGCCCCAGGGCUUUGCUGGAUCAUGUUUGUCUGUCCCUUGCCCUGGUGGAGAUCCAGUGUCACCUGCACGUUGUGGCAAUCAGGUCACCUUCUGCCCUGGGGCAGGUGCCAAAUGCUGAGUAUUAAAGGAAUCAACACGACUGUAGGGCAGGAGCAACAGGCCAGCAUGAAGGAAAAACAAGUGUUAGAAGAUUUGGAAAUGCACCUUGCAAGGAGAGACACGGAGGCCCUCUUCCAAGAGCAGCCUGAGACUGGGAACCAGUACUUGGAAGACACUUUGCUUCAGAGUUACUUGAAAACACACCUUCCUCCCAAGGUCCUGGAGGAGCUGCAUCAGAACCUGGAGAGGUUUGGAAACUGCUUGCUGACCAAGAUCCAGCCUCUGAGCUGGGAAUGUGAGCUGAACCCCCGGUUCUGGCACUACAGUGCUUGGGGGCAGCACGUGGAUCACACUCACACCUGCUCAGCGUGGAGGAGGAUGAAGGAGAUUUCAGCAGAAGAAGGGCUGAUUGCUGAGGCCUAUGAGAAAAGAUAUUCCAAUUGGAGCCGCUUGUACCAGGCUGUCAAACUGUACUUGUUCUCAAGCUCCUCUGGAGGUUUCAGCUGUCCACUGGCCAUGACUGAUGGGGCAGCCAAAGUCAUUGAGUCACUGGGUAUUCCUGGAUCUCUGAAAAAUGCUUUUGACCAUCUGACAUCCCGUGACCCUGAGAAGUUCUGGACCUCUGGCCAGUGGAUGAUGGAGUGAAGGGGUGGCUCAGAUGUUGCAAACGGCACCAAGACUGUGGAGAAGCAGCCAGAUGGCACCUAUUGUCUGUACGGAUUCAAAUGGUUCACAUCAGCAGCUGAUUCUGAUAUGGCAUUAGCCCUGGCCAGGACAGCAGAUGCUGAAGGACAGGGCUCCAGAAGCUUGUCCCUAUUCCUGAGGGUUUGGGAUGAGGAGGGGAAGCUGAACAACAUCCAGGUGCAAAGGCUGAAGGACAAGCUGGGCAUGAGGAAGAUGGCAACAGCAGAGCUGUGGCUGCAAGGAGCCAGAGCAGAGCUGGUGUGCAAGAGUUCCCCUGCCCUGGGGACUGGGCUGCCCAGGCUCACUGCAGGUGUGGCACCUCUUCCCUCACUGCCUUCCUGCUGAGCCCAGUCACCCCCAGGAAAGGACAGGAUGUGUUCCUGGUGCUGAGGCUGUUCCCUAGCACAGCAAUGGAGCUGAGAUUCACUGCUCCCCUCCAGUUGUUGUGAAACAAGACAUCUCUGGAGAUAUCCUUGGUAUUCCCUUAUUUCUGCCCUGUGUCCUUGUUCCCUCACAUUCCCUUUCUUUGCUGCAGUCACUGCAAAGGCUCCCUCAUGCUCUUCCAUACAGGUGUUGUCCAUAUGGGAGGGAACAACAAACAACUCCUCCCUGGAGAUGUUGUGACCCCUUGCCAAGAGCAGGUUAUGGCUGUGUUUCUGUCCACAGCUGCAGCCCUGCUCAGCCUGAUCCACCCACCUUGGCAGAGCCUUCUUUGGGGUUUGUGCUCCUGGCUGAGGCUGCAGGGGACAGGCUGAAACUGAAAGUUUUAGUAUUCCAACAAUUGGAAUUGUGUCUUAUAAUUCUGCUCCUUAAAUAGCUCUUCCAAAAGCAGGAUGCAGGCAGUGCUAAUCCUGGGAUCUUUGUGUGCUUUCAGCUCAGCAGUGGGGAGCUUGACACUGUCAGUGUUCCUCAACACAGGUACCAAAAUAAGUGUAUUUUUAACGUGACUCACCUUCCUGAAUCCAAAAUAAUUUUGCGGGUUUGUUUCUUAACCGGAAAAUCACCACAGGACUGCUGAAUAUUGAACCUCACUAGGGCUAUCUACUGCAUUAUGACUUUCUAUUUUUAUUCCCUGAAAAGAUGGAAAGAGCCAAAGGAAUUCCAUUUCUGCCUCUUUGGAUUUGCUGUUCUCUGGCUCUUCCUUUAAAGCUGCUCAGGUGACAGGAGUUCAAAGCAGCUCAGAGUUUUCAUGAAGGAAUAUCCCCUGGCUUGGUGCAUCCCAAAAAGGGGACAGGAGACAGGAUCAGAGGGUGUUGUCUCAGAAGCGACAUUAUUAAUCCAGACACAGCAAUCCAGAUCUUGUUAGCCCAGGCACAGCAAGGGAAUCCUGGCAUCUGGAGGGCUGGAUUUGGUUGUGUGCAGACUUCACCUUCCCACCCAGACCCCGUGAGAAGGGAAGGGUCUGGGACACUGCUCUCCUGCAGCACUGGAGAGUGGACAGAGCUUUCCAGAGCCUGAGUAGUUCUCACAAUGGCUGCAGAUGGCAACUUGUGUCCCAUCUCACCCCUGCAGUUCAGCUGUGCUCUGUACACAGCACCUCUCUGACCUCCAGGGGGGAGGGUCCCCUUGCCAUCCUCUCAGACAACUUUUGAGAAGGGAGAAAUACCUCAAAAGAAUUGGCCACCAAACAAGAAGCCAGAUCUUCUCAGGAGCAGGACUGAGCACAUCUGCUGGGGGCAAAUCCAGUUGUUGGCAAACAGCUGCUUAGGUUGACACUGCAGGUAAUGGAUGGGAAAAUAAAGGAGCUGUGGGGAGGCUCUAAAAUAAUUUGGAAAGAAGCUGCCUUCACAGUCUUACACUGAGCACUAAUUUAAGCAAUCACUCCACAAAGGUGCUGUGCUGUACCCUGGAGCAGCUCCCUGGUGCAGCUGGGAGGGCUCCUCCAGCUGCUCAACAACUGGAUAAUCAGGGAAGAAUUAGGGAGCACAGCGCCGUGAUGCAGAGCAGGGACCUGCAUAGUACUGAGAUUCAUUAAUUAACGAGCUCCUCAGUGCUCCCAUCAAUCACGCUGUGAUGGGCUGGGGGAGGGGGGGUGAGUGCUGGCUUCAAGGUCUCCAAAUUCCAGUAAUGCCACUGCCUUUCCCGUCCAUCCGUGUCACACUGAGGCUGCUGCAUGUCCAGGGAGAGGGGCUCGGUCUGGCUCAGCAGUGUGGAUGUUCCAGUUCUGAUUAGAAUCAGACCUGGCCAGUUUAAGCUUUUCCUUCAUGCCUUGGGCAGCAGGGUGCUGGAAAGGCAGUCUGGGAGGGAUUUCUGUCUGCAGAAUAUUGUAAAAUGCAGGCAAACCCAGUGGGAAGAAACGAUGAUGUCCAACUCCAGUUCAGAAGGCUGAAUGAUUUCUUUAUUAUAACUAUGCUAUAAUACAUUAAUAGACUAUAUAAAGGAAGAUACUAAAACUACAAACCUACUUUCUCUAACUACCAUAUCUAACUCACUACAACUCAUGACCCUGUUCAAAAGAGUCCAGCCCCAGGUGGGUUGGAUUGGCCAUCAGGCUCAAACAAUCCUUACCAGAAUCCAACCAAGCAACACCCCAGGUAAACAAUUCUACAAACACAUUCCACAUG